CCCAGAUUGCAAUGACUAUUUCACGAUAGCUAGUAGAUGCUUUUAAGGUGUGAAUUGUUUACGCAGGUGAAGUUGGAUUGACAGUUAUCGAUCAAACAAAGACACGGACAGAAGUAGCUUCUAAAGUCUGUUCGGGCUAUGACACAUUGCUGAAGAGAUAAUGGAGCCAACAGACCAUGCCACAGAAGCCGACCCCCUGAAGAGGGAGGAGGAUGGGGUUGAGGGUGGUGGAACGGCACCACCAGCGCAGACCAAGAAGAAGAGUUUGGGUCUGGCCAAGUUGUCCCACUGGAGGACGGCUGCCUUCUUCCUCUCCCUCUUCCUCUGCCUCAUCAUCGUCUUCGCCUUCUCUUUCAUCAUCCCCUGUCCCGUCCGUCCGCAAUACCUCACCUUCUGGAACCGCACCUUCCCCCAAGCAGCCACCUAUGAUUUCCUGGCCAUUGAGGAUGCAAGCAAAGACAAAGUGAUGGACGUGUUGUUUGUCCUGAAGGCCCAGGAGGGCAGUCAGAACGUUAGUUGUUUUGCUGAAGGUCUGGACACACCUUGUGUGUUUGUGUCGGCGGUAGCAGGGACCAACGGGGAGACUCUGUGGGAGCGGCCCUUGGCCCCUGAGUUCCACUGGGCCCAGUGUGGUCUGGACGGCCUUGGAGAAACCGAGAGGGGCUGCCUGCUGUCUCACUCCAACCAGCUCACUGCCAUCAACAAAUACACUGGAGUGGUGACGUGGGCGCGGCUCCAGCCUCCCAACCUGAGGAGUACCUUACCGGUCCUCAGUGUCUCAGACCUGGAUGGGGACGGGGUAAGCGACGUGGCUCUGGUGGCGCCCAGCCCAACGCAGACACAGCUGGCGAUCCUCUCAGGGAAGACCGGUGUCCAGAUUGGCUCAGAGGUGGUUCUUGACACUGCUGAGUGUGCCAUGCAUCUCCUCCACUCCACAGGGAAAGGCUCCAACUAUGUACUGCUCCAGAAAGACUCGGGAUUGUAUGGCCUGGCCCUGUGGAGGAUUGCAGCCCAGGCUAAGGCAGGCAUGGAAAAAGGCCUCAAGAAGGACAAGCACUGGGAGCGCAAAGCCAAUGACUCCUCUGGCCUUGUAUCAAUCUAUGAGUCUGGGACAUUGAGAUACGUGUUAAGGACAGGGAAGGCAGAGGGUCCCUCCAACCUGCUAUUGGUCACUGGGGGCAGUGUGGUGCUGAUAGAUGGUGACAGUCUGAACUUACUGUGGAGAGUCAACACCAGCACAGUCCUCAGCGAGCCUUCUUUUGGCCACUUCAACAAAGAUGGCACACUCGACAUAGUGAUCGAGGAGGACAUUGGCAACCGCAUUAAAAGGGUGGUGAUCCUGGACGGAAACACUGGAGGCACAGUGUGGGAGGUCAACCUACUGGCCAGCCCCAACUCACCCAAGCCAGCCUCAGUCAACACCAUCAACUCCUUCUCUGUGUUCAUGUUCUGGGGGCUGAUGCCCUCCGAGGCCAACGCUACUAGGGAUUUGAGUGAGGAGCGGCGCUCCUACAUGCUGUAUCCCCACUACUCCUCAGUUCUCCUGGAGAAGAGCAACGUCAUGGACCACAUCAUCGCGUUUAAAGCCACUCUGUUGGAGCGGGGGCGCCACGCCUGCUACAUCAUGUUGACGGGGCCCGAGGGGGAGGGGGCCGAGGGGACGGUGGACCUUAGCAAGCGCAAACUGAAACAGGACGUCACCGACAGCCGGGUCCUCCGCCUGGGCUCCAUAAGCAGCAAAGACACUAACGAGGACAUCAAAGAGGCCUUCCAGAGACUGCGUUUCAGCGAUGAGUGACAUGCCACUGUUACCAUGACAACAUUGUUGCUGAUAUCGAAACUGUGUUACAAUAGAUAUGACAACUGUUACUGCUGACAAUCAACCAACUGUGUAGCUAUGGUUACCUUAAAGCUGACUACUAAACCUUCUUCUGCUGA